AUGUCCAAACUAGAGGGGAUUCAAAAUUUUGUUAACAAAAAUAAAAUCAAUAACAACAACAAUAAUAACAAUAAUAACGACAACGACAUCACUGAUUACUGCAACAACAACAUCAGUGACAAGAUUGUUGACGAUUGUGAUAAUGAGAAUAAUAAGAAUAAAAAAAGAAAAUUGCACGAUGAUGAUGACGAUGGUGGUGGGGGUGGUGGUGGUAGUAAUGAUCGUCGCCGUGGGGCCGGAAGUGAUGAUGGUGAUGACGACGAUGAUGAUGACGUCAUUUGGUCUAGAAAUAUUUUUAAAGAUUUCUAUGGCAGCUAUGAAUAUGUCACCAAGUGCAUGGUGUGCUCUAGCGAGAAAAAAAGUCCUUCGAAGUUCAGUGAGCUUGACCUUAAUAUUGGAUCUUGUGGUCGGAGUCUGGCCACCUCUAUCAAGGAGUUUUUGCAGGCGUGUGUGUGCGAAGAAAUACUACAAGGUGAGAAUCAGUUUUUCUGUUCGGCGUGCGAGAGGAAGGUAGAUGCGACUCGGAGGAUCCAACUCGUACAACUUCCACGGACGUUAAAUUUGCAACUACUCCGAUUUGUCUUCGAUAAAGAGAAAAUGGCGAAAAAGAAGCUGACGACUGUCGUCACAUUCCCCGAAAGACUGGACAUGUCCGUGCAUUUGCCCGAUCAUGUCCUCAACAACAACAACAACAGUAGUAGUAGCAGCAGCAACAACAGCAGCAGUAGCAGCAACAGCAACCACAACACCAAAAACAACAAAAGAUUUAAGAGUGAAAAGGGCCAAAGUGUUUCUUCGUCAACUACCAACAACAACAGCACUGGCCUUAACAACAACAACAACAACACUACUAAUCCCAACGAUAACAACAACAACAUCUUUUAUAACAACAUUUUUUACGUUAACAACAGCAGCAACAAUGAAGCUACCACCAGCGCCACCAGCGGCAGCCUAACAAGCAGCCUCAGCAGCAACAAAUACAAGUACGAGUUGUUUGCGGUGUUAAUCCACAAGGGUAGCGAGGCGAACAGCGGACACUACAUAGCCAUCAUCAGAGAUUCGAAGAAUGACGUCAUCUAUCAGUUUAAUGACGAAACUGUUACGAGAUACCAGGUCGAGGGUCUUAUCUCUCGAGAGGCGAGCGGGGCUGGCAUUAAUUUAGACGCUAUGAUUGACAUCGCAACGAACGAAGAUGGCAGAGAGAUAACUGUGGACGACCUUGACGACGAACUAAGGUCAGAGGUCAUUGAGCAUGAAAAAGUUGUCGAAGCAGCGUUCCAGGUGGAGGAGGCUAGGAAGGAGAAGUUGUACUCGAAAAGCGAGAGAGUUAAUCAGCUGUACUGCAGGCUGGCAAACUUGAGGGAGUACCCGCUCGAAGAUUUGGUAGAACAACUCGAGUAUGUCCCCACCAAGAACCUUAUAGACUAUCUAGAAUGCCAAUUCAACAGUAGAAGCAGCAGUAGUAGCUGCAGCAAUAGUAGCAACUACGUUAGCGCCAGUAGUAGUAGUAGCAGUAACGUUAAGUAUCGAAUAGCUGCCGACAGUAAGGAUGGUGAAGAUGACGACGACGAUGACGUCAGUAGUUCGGCUACCACUACGGCUACUGCUUCGGCUACUUCAGCCGCUAGUGAAGCUAAUAAUGAUGGUGGUGGUGACGAUGAUGAUGGCAACAACAAUGGCGUCGGUGGUGAUGAUGACGACGAUGAGAAUAAAAAUAGAGGCAGAAGCAUGCUGUGUCCUCACGAUAAAUUAUCUCUCGGAGAAAUACAAAAUGUCAAGGCCUUGCCUAGUAUAGCGGUUGGUGAUAUAGCCAGUCAGUUGAACUUGACAACUCGUAUGAAAUGUGCGGACUAUGUUUGCUGGGAGUGCGUCAGGGAUCACUGCUCACUGUUGAAAUUCAAAUCCCGGCUAGAAGAGGAUAAUAAAAAAGUGACUGCCAUUAUGAAGGAUAAAAGGACGAACCUCAGCGAGAUGCUGAUUGGCAGGAGUUCCUGGAAGCAGUGGAGAAAAAUGGCACUUAGAAGAUUGGAAUUAAAGUUGGCCACCAAUAAUAAAUAUAAUAAUAAUGUUAACAAUGAUAAUAAUGACAACAGUGUGUUUAAUGAUAAAAAUGGUGGUUUCAUUCAGUUCAUUAAUGAAGAUCUUGUCUGUGUGCAUGGGCAGUUGAACCCGGACGAGUCGCUCCGUCGUUGCAUACCUCGCUCCGUCUGGCUGAUCAUCUGCGAGUACUUUGAUAAUCCCCGAAUGUUUCCCAUCUACUAUGAAAAUUGUCCCAUUUGUGAGGUAGCAUCAUCGGAGCAAGAGUUCCAGCUGAACAUGUUAAGAGAGCAGGCAACGUUGCUGAAGCAUCAGCUGCAGAAUCUUUUCUUCAACAAGAAGAGACCGACCCUCGCUCAGCUGAGGAAAUUUCAAAUUAAUCACCCGCAACAGCAGCUACAGCAGCAACCACAACAGCAGCAGUCUGCAAAAUUGUAUCUGCUGUCUUCUCAUUUCUUCAAUAAUUGGAAGAAGUGUUGCAAAGAUCCAGCCAGGUAUAGUAUUCCUGAGACGACGUACAACCAAUUGCUGUUGUGUCCGCAUGGCUUGCUGUCAUUCGACCCAGAAUUUGUUGAAAAUACUGUGGCCGCUACACAUGCUACAGUCGCAGCUUCUGCAUCCACUACUUCUAAUGAUAAUGAUGAUGGUGUUGAGAAGUACAAGUUGCUAUGGGAAUGGGAAUGGGAUCUCCUGGCCCAACACGUCGUCACUGAUUACGUCAUAACCGUUGAAAAAGAAUGUAAUCGUCAUGAUAACGAUUGUGGUGGCGGUAGUGAUGAUAGUGAUGGGAAUAAGAAGGGUUGUGAUAGUAGUAGUCGUAUUAAGAAGGUAAAAUCAUCAUCAACAACGACAGCAACAAACUCGUCUGCCUACGCUAAGCUAAUCUCAAAUCCAGGAAUUUGUGGCGAGUGUUUGAGAGAGAGAGAGAGGGAGAGGGAGGCGGAACUUUACAGGUACAAGAAUGCUACCAUAUACGUGUAUCUAGCAGCCGACAGUGGCGACAAUCUUGACGCUGGUGGCGACCAUAACGCUGACGAUGAUGAUGAUGAUGCUAAUGUAAAUAAUAACAAUAAUAAUAAGAAUAAUAAUAAUAAGGAUAAUAAUAAUAAGGUUAAUAAUAAUAAUGACAACAACACUGACGAUGGGCUUAGCAAAAAUCAUGAUUAUCAAUCUAAUCGUAAUAACACUGCAACUAACUAUAAUAAUAAUAAUAACAAUAAUAAUAACAAUAAUAAUAAUAAUAAUCGUGUAGCGUCAUUAACCACAACGUCGUCGUCGGCAGCUGGCUACAGGAAUGUCGAAAUUGUCAUUAUUGAGGACGACGGGUUUAAUAAUAAUAAUAAUAAUAAUAUCACUCAUAAUAAUAAUAAUAUCAAUAAUAAUAAUAGUAAUAAUAAUAAGGGUGAUGAUGAUUUGGACUGGAAGGAUAGGCCAUUACCACAGCCACAACCCCAGCAGCAGUCAGACGAUUUCUCGUACGUACAUCCGGUCGGUAAAAGUUUCUUAUCUGAUUUUUUCAAGAAAACGACCGCGAUCGCCACUACAGCUGCCUCAGCUGCUAUCACAGCUGCUACGACAGCUGCUACGACAGCUGCAGCUACGGUUGCCGGUAGCAGGAGAAGUAAGAGGAGGACGAAGCAGAAUGGCGAGCAGGCGUUCAUUGUUGACAGCAACAGGACACUGUCCGAACUUCAGAGAGAGAUCUACAAGAGGUUCCACGUCUUCAUAUCGAAUCAGUUAUUAACGUACAACGGCAGGGUACUGUCGGGAGAGUCCUUGACCCUCGAAGAACUCCGCAUACCCCCCAACGCUCUAAUCAAGCUCGAAGUCUGUGAAAGUAAGGAAGAGAGCAAGACAGGUACAGCAAUCGAAGAGGGUUUUAGAGGUACUGGUCUAUCUGGAUGAUGACGAUGACGAUGAGGAUAAUGAUGAAGAUGACAAUUUCUUUGUAUAUUUGUUUAGUGAAUUAUCAUUUCUUCAUCUGUUUUUCUAUUCCAGCUAUUAAAGAGUCAUAAACAUUGUUA